GAAAAUUACAUGUAAAUUAAGGAGGUAACAGAGAGUAUGCUUUUAGAUAGGAUAGAUUAGCAAAAAAGAAAUACAUAUAGCCAACCUUGAUCUAUUUGUUAAGGAUUCAUAGCUGACCUAAAACUUUUGGGCCUACAGCUUGGUUGUUCUUGUUGUGGUUGUUCCUGUGUCUUCUGCCUGUGUACCAUGGCUGCACCCUUUAUGCUCUUUUAAUUGAAUUACAACUAUCUAUCAUUAUUUAUUAUACAAGUGUAAUAAUUUAUUCAAGAGAGGAGAUGGUUCAAAAUUGACUACAAAAUAAUUACAAAUCUCAUGCUCAUAAUAUCUUAAAAAUCUAAAAAAGAUGAGAGCAUGCUGCCCAAAACAGUCAUCCAUUCGUUGGGACUGCAACAUCAACUGGUUAAUUACAUGAUUAGACUGUUAAUACCAUAAAAAGUUCUAAGAUUUCUCUCUACAAGUCAUCCACACCACAGAUGAGGGAGUAGCCUUCCAAACCUUAAUUUUCUAUGGAGAUGGAAUUUUCCUUGCCAGCAUUCAUACAACUGAAUCUGAACACUAUUUUUGUUGUGACCCAAAAACCCCAAAGAGAGUAAACACAUUUGACCACAUCCCUUGCCACUGAACAAUGUAGAAGUAGUUGAUCUCCAAACUCCUUGUUACUCUUGCAUUUGCAAUACCAGUAUGACUUUAUGAGUCAACAUUGCAGUCCAUAGACUCCUGGAAAAUUAGCUUCUAUAGAUCCUCUGAUAUAGAAUAUCAUAGUACAAGUGGACUUCAAUAUUUUCUCCUUUUUAUUUUUAUUUUUUUAUGAGAGAACAUUUUCACUCUUAGUGGAAGUAUUUUUGGAACAUUUCAAGGAGAACUAUGAUGCAAAAAUUUUUUGGCAUCCCAAUCUUUAAAGUGAGCUUUAUGAAUGCUGAUGAUACUAGAUGUUGAUUUAAGCUUCCAGGAGAGUUGACAAAUCCUUCAUGUCCCAAUUUUUAAAAUGCUGAUGCAUGGUCCUUUACAAGUCUUGAUGGAGGAUGCAACUGAGCAGUCAAGUAAAUGAGCCUUUCUCUUGUCCUUCAAACAGGACUCAUGAUUCAUGAAAGUCAGUUUAGCAUCCUUUAUACGGUUCAAAAGCUGUUUAGAAUCUGCAAUGUCCUCCAGGAGUCGUUCGGGAUUCACUGGUGUCCAUUUGGUAGCUUAACGCGUCUUCCUUCAUCAUUUGAGGAAGGGGAAUUUUCGUCAAGUGCAUAUCAUGAUCUACUGGGGCAACAUGCUAUCUUUGCCGAACAGACAGCUGUAUCAUCUACUCAUCCAUGCCCAUAUAUUGCUUACUUUGGACCAAUCCAUCCCUCAUCCUCAAAUUCCAAUGGUAAUGUUCCAGAGGCUGCUAGCUUAAAUAAUCCCUGGGGCCCAUCAGUACCUAGUGAGAUGCCCACUUCCUAUGCUUUUCCUGCCAUGGAUCCUCAUUAUCACAGUUGGGAGCACCAUUCCUCUCCCUUCCCUACGUCCAGCAGCCGUAUUGCUGCACCUGAUCGGCCUUCUGUUCUGCCUGGCACUCAAAGGUCGGCAAGGACCAGCUCUGAUAUACCAAGAUCAGGAUCUUUUAUGCAUCCAUCAUUCCUUGUUGGUCACAGUUCUGGUGGUAGACCAGGGAGUUCAGUGGGUUCUUCAAUGAUUCCUCCUUACCCUGGCAGUAAUGCUCGAGCCCGUGAUAGAGUCCAAGCUCUUCAGGCAUACUAUCAGCAACAGCAGCCAAGCAAUUCAACAUCCAUGCGCACACCCAUCAUUUCUGGAAGCCGAAGAUCCAGCAAUCAUAGAGGCAUGGCUCAAGUGGGACCAGUGGCCUCAUCAUCUGACCAAACUGGUGCCUUUUAUAUUGUCCCACCAGGUUCAUCAGGUCGUAACUAUCAAGAAGCAGAAAAUCCUCUGUCAAGUCAGUUCCAUUCGUGGGAAAGAGAUCAAAGAGAUCACUUGCCGUCAUUCUCAUUGAACCAGGUUGACAGAGAGUCAGGUUGGGGGUCAUAUCACCAAGCUGCUAGUGGGUCAGAUUCCAGUAUCAGAUCCAGCAGCUUCCGUCAAAGGCAUGGAUCCGAGAGGACAUCUGCACAAAAUCGGUCAUAAAUUUCAUUCCUUGUCCUUUUCCGGUGAAGCAAACUACCACUACUAUGCUGAAACCAAAAUUUAUGUAUGCUUGAGAAAAAUGAUAUAUCAUGCUUGGAGUUUGUCAGAUCUUGGCAGAUUCAAAAAAAAAAAAAAAAAACUGUGGAGUGGCCCUCCAAAAGGUGCUUUUUGGCCGGCCACAUGGUGGUGUGAUGGACUUUGGCUUCCUCUAGUUUCUUUGCCUUUUGAGGAUAUAAAAUAAGAUCACAUGCUAGGUGGAAACAAUAGGAUUUGGGCAGUAGUCCUGCCAUUUUCAUAUCAACUUGAGUGACCCACAAUCUUAGACUCUUGAGAAGCCCCAUGGUAUAUUGGACCAACUGCUUUUCAGGGUUACUGUUUAGUGGGUCUGUCUAUUUAUGUCCAAAAACAUUCCCUUCUCUCCUUUGCAAACACUUGUGGAUUUUUAUGAGCAAAGGAAACGUGUAUAAAAAUCAGUUUGUGCUCAAACAAUAUAUGGGAUAUCCAUUAAUUGGCCCAACUUUGUAUUGGUGUUGGUCUUAUAAAAUGAGCUUUUACAUUAGUAUGCUAAA